AUGGCGUUAGAAAGUGUGUAUGAGACAAAAGUGUUUGAUCUUCUUUUAAAUUUCCAUGGGGGCGUAAAUCACGGUGCUCCGGUUGCUGCAUUCGAUCAUAACGACAAUAACGAUCAUAACGGCGACUUAUAUAGUCUCUUUCCGCUUACUGCUACAACCACUCCAUAUCAUAAACCACACGAGAAUUUUAGCUCGAUUCAAAGAAAUCGUCAUCAUCGAAAUUCUAUUGCUCCUGGUUUUUAUUCAGCCACGACAACUCCAUAUAUAGGCGCUACCGGUGACGAUUUCUCGAACCCUAUCAACAACAAUUUUCUCUUUUUUUCACCUAUUAUUACAACUCCGACUUCGCCAUCUUUGAGUAGAUUUGAUUUACAUCCGAAUCCACCAGUUGUACCAUCUCAAUUAGGAGGUGGAUUGUCAACAAGACAAUCAACUACCAAUUCAAUCACAGACAGUAUUAUCAUAUCGCCGGAAUUAACUUAUCUCAGUUCGCCAAUAUUAAUUGAUACUCCUGCUAGUUUUUUCCCCCCGUUGGCUUCAACAUCGCCAAGAGUUGAACAGACUCCCAGUUAUUCCUCUGAGAUUUUAUCAACUGCUCCUUCGACCGCAGUAAAUACUCCUUAUACUGGUCCUCUAUCGACAUUCACAGAAGAAGCUGCUUUGAAUUCGAAUAAUAUUAAUAACAUUACGUCAUCCUCAACUCCUAGUAUCGAAAAAUCUACGUUGUUAAAUAAACCUAAACGACCAAGAGUAUCAAAUCCUUUCGCUGAACUCAAUUUCAUAUCUCCUUCUUCUACACUUACCAUAAACAUGGCUUCUGUAUCACCAACUAAUACAGUCGAUAAGCCAACCGAAGAAAAAAUUAUUGGAGAUGUGGACUUGUCUACAAUCAUUCAAGAUGAUGGACAAGAGGAAAGUUCGAAGACCACCGUUAUGAACACAUCUCCUGUCACCACUGUUCUCUCCGAUCAAACAAAUCCUCGUCCGGUGCCAAUUAGACCUCGUCCGGACGAGGAUCAAAAACAAGAGGCACCUCGAAAAAGAAGAAAAAGUGACGAUGGAUCCAUGGAAAUUGACCAGGAAGGAGAUUCAGAGCCCGAUGAUGCUAAUGGCAAAACUUACGUAUGUUCCAAAUGUGGUCGCGGUUUCCAAAGAAAAUUCAAUAUGCAAACACACGAAUCAACUCACGACCCAAAUCGAGUCAAACCAUUCGCAUGUGAUUUCCCGAGCUGUGGAUCAAGAUUCACACGAAAACACGAUCUUAAACGACACAUUAACGGGAUUCACAAAGGAGAAAAGGUUCAUGAAUGUAACGCCUGUCAGAAACCAUUUAGUCGAAAGGAUGCUUGGAAGCGACACCAGUCUUCUUGCGGCAAAAACUAG